GACACACUGCAGUCGAUCUUGUGUCUGCUGCGCGGAAAGCUGAGUCUGAGAUUUGUCGACAACUUUUCAAGAAAUCCAGUCAUUAAAAUGGCGAAUAGGCAUUCUUCCCACCAAGACCCUUGGGUGCAACUGGCCAUAAAUGUUGGCCUCACUGCAGUGGCCCAGCCGAUGGGCUACGUAAAAACACUGAUUCAGAUUGGGUAUGAGCCUCUACCACCACAGUUAGGAAGAAACGCCUUCUUUCGCAAGACAUUACUUCUCCCUGGUGUCGCUGCUUACUCAAAGCACAUCUGGAAGGUGGAUGGAUUUCUUGGUUUGUACCGAGGGUUCGUACCGCGUCUAUGUGGAACCCUGUCAGGCUCAGCUGUGGCUAACAGGGUCUCUGAGAAAAUGGAUGAAUUUUUCCCAGUCACUGACCAAAAAGACUUGGAAGCCAUGAACAACAAAUCCAAGGGAACGGCCAAAAUAUCCAAUGCAACAUUUAUACAAGAGACAUGUAAGCUGACUGUCUCUCACAGCUGCGCCGUGAUUGUCACCCAUCCAUUCCACGUCAUCGCAGUACGCUCAAUGGUUCAGUUCAUUGGACGGGAAAGCAAAUACAGUGGCUGGAUAUCGCCCUACAGUGAGGUAUACUCUGAAAGUGGUAUUACGGGAUUUUUUGUAGGUUUAGUCCCAAGACUCUUGCAAGACGUUCUGACGCUUUGGCUUGCCAGAACUCUCUACCAACUGUUCAACAGUCUCCUUUUACACGAUAAGAUGUCAAACAUCUCAGAGCUGAGGAGCUAUGCACACGCCAUAACUGGAUUUAUCGCUGGAAUUGUUACAUACCCAUUGGGGUUAGUCAGCAACAUCAUGGCCGUUAAUAACUCUGGGCUGGCUGCUGGGUCUCUACCAUUUAUGCCUGUUUACUCCAACUGGAUUGGAUGCUGGGUAGAUCUUAGAGGAAAGGGUCUAUUAAAGCGUGGAUCUAGCAUCCUGUUCCGCAAGUACGAACCGAGUAAGAUGACCAUGUCUCCAAUGCCACUGACACCCCUGGAUUGAUAAAGGUGUGGACAAAACACAGACUAAUUUAUGUAAAUCAUUUAAGUGCAGUAUAAUCCAGAAUCACUGUCCUUGGACUAUUUUUUGAAAAUGCCUUAGAUUGGUGAAAAGGCAUAUUAGUUGGUUCCUAUUUAAUACUAUUACCUUUGAUUUGAAGAUCACUGGUCCUUUUCAGAAUUAUUGCAACUCAAACAGAGAGUUUUAUGUGUGAGGAGUUUUAAAUUCUACUUGUUUACAUGAUGUUACUGCAAACCUUACUAGAUUAUUUCUCCACCAUGCUAAGUUUCAAAUCCUACUCAUGUACAUGGUGUUA